ACACACAACUAUCCACAGCACCCCCCCCCUCCCUCCCUUGCCACCUCACACAACACACUCUGUUGAAAACUCUCUACAAAGGGUGUCGCGAUCCACCUACCCUUAUCUCUAGCCGUCAAUAUGAGUGAUCUCGACCAGUAGCUCCCUUCAUCCCAGAAUUACUGAGCCUAUUCGCUGACUUAAGCUACAGCGCGAUAUCCCUUCUCCGCUCAUGCAAACCAAUCCCUGAACCGGCCGUUCGAGAGCUGUGCUAUAAAGCCCGCGAGCUCCUGAUCGAGGAAUCAAAUGUCCAACUUGUCGACGCGCCGGUAACAAUUUGCGGCGACAUCCAUGGGCAAUUUCAUGAUCUCAUGGAGCUCUUUCGGGUCGGCGGCGAUGUGCCAGAAACAAAUUACUUAUUUAUGGGCGACUUCGUUGAUCGCGGGUUUUACAGUUUAGAGUCGUUCUUGCUUUUACUGAGUCUGAAGGUGCGAUAUCCGGAUCGAAUAACCCUUAUUAGAGGGAACCACGAGAGCCGACAGAUAACCACGGUUUACGGUUUUUAUGAUGAAUGCCUUAGAAAGUAUGGAAGUGCUAAUGUGUGGCGGUAUUGUUGUGAGGUCUUUGAUUACCUUGCGUUGGGUGCACUGGUUGUUGGCGCUGGGUCGUUCGUUGGCGAUGAGAAUGAAGAAUGUGAAGUUGAGGUUGUAGGCGUUGGCGGCGAUGUUGUUACAAGGUUGAAGAGAAGAGAUGAUGGAGCUGGACUGAUGAAUGCUGCUAACCCUCUACAGGAGGGCGGUGCUGGCGGUGGUGAUGGCGGGACAGUAGGAGGGCCGCCUGGCUCCGGUGCUUCAGGAAGUUCUGGGGGAACAAAGGGUGUGAAUAACGGUGCUGUUCUUUGCGUUCAUGGAGGAUUAAGUCCUCUUGUGGACAGCGUGGAUAAGAUUCGAUUGCUCGAUAGGAAACAGGAGGUUCCGCAUGAAGGCGCAAUGUGCGAUCUCCUCUGGUCUGACCCAGAUGGUAACUUAUUCCCUCUGCUUUCAACCCUGGAUCUCUGUCACAGAAAACUGACAGAACUAGAGAUCGAUGGUUGGGGCCUUUCUCCUCGUGGUGCCGGCUUUCUCUUCGGAGCUGAUAUAGUAAAACAUUUCAAUCACCUAAACAACCUGACCUUGAUAGCCCGAGCCCAUCAGCUUGUAAUGGAAGGCUUCAAAGAAAUGUUCGAUUCCAGUAUCGUGACUGUCUGGUCAGCACCAAAUUACUGUUACCGUUGCGGUAAUGUAGCCGCAAUUCUUGAGCUUGGAGAAGAAAGGAAUGGCAGUGGCUCUGGUGUCCAGUGGUCCGCAGGUGCUGGCCGAGGACAGGGAUCCGGUGUGGCCAGAAGGGGGCCAGGUAGGCGAUACCGAGUUUUCGAAGCGGCCCCCCAGGAUAGUAGAGGAAUGCCAGCGAAAAAGCCGGUGGCUGAUUACUUCUUGGUAUGUCCUAUCCUAUGGCCCGUAGUCGACCUAUUGCUAACACUUUCCAGUAAUAUCAUGUUUAGAAGGUGGCAAUCGGGUGUUGGGGUUUUGGUUGGGCUCCAUUUCGUAUAGUUUUAAGUCUUUUGUAAAUUGGGUUACCUUUCAUCCUAUCACUCAUUUUACAUAUCUUGCUCCCGGAACACCCAAAGCUCCAGACUUUAAACUCUACUACAUGCUUAUGAAUAAUCAACCGUGA